GUAAUAAUAAUAUUAAUAAUAUUAAUACUAAUACUAAUAAUUAUAAAGCAUUCUAUACAUAUAGCAGGAUGAGUUCCCGGUAUUCAGCGGUAGGAGCACAUCAGCGAGAUCUAAGGACACAAUUGUUUAGUACUCCGCAGGGGAUUCGAACCCCACCGUCUCGCACUACAUCACCAUAUGAUCCUGUUCAAACAUCAACAGCUAAGCAUAAUGAAUCAUUUUUACUGAGUUUAGAAUCUCAAAAUAAUGAUGAAAUGGAAGGUAUGGGACAAAAAGUGGCUCUUUUAAAGAAUUUAGGAGAAAGAAUGGGAGUUGAAAUUAAUAAAUCUAUUAAACUUAAUGAUGAAAUAACCAAUCAAUUCGAAAGAGGUAGAGUUACUUUAAAAAAUACUUAUAAUAAAAUGAUUUUAAUGAGUCAAAGAGCAGGUAUAACGUGGCGAAUGUGGUUGGUGGUGUUUAUUAUAGUAUUUCUUUGGUUCUUUUAUGUUUGGUUCUUUUAGACUAUCAUAAAAUAUAUUAUAAUGUAAUUUAAUUUAAUUAUACUUAAUUAUACUACUUGCAUAUAUCCUACCCUUGCCUUAAUUAAUAUUUCAACUA